UUACAUGCUCAUUGCAUUUUAAUUUCGAUAGUAAUUGCUUUUCCAACGUAGCAGUUAACAUCGUUACGAGCCGAAAGUAGACGUGUUUUGAAAUGGAGGGACGUUUCAUCACUUCACGCUCCUUCCUCAUAAUAUUCGAAUUUGUGUACGUGUUUACGUGUUUGUGUUCCGAGGAAGCACCGAGAGAUCAUAUAUCACGUUGCCCCUUGAAAGUAGGGGAUACCUUAACACCAAAUGAGAUGAUAACUCUUGCUGAUAAAUUAUUACAACAAGCACAGACUUCAGGAGAUGACAAAGGUUUCAUAACAUUAUCCAAUAGCCCUGAAAUUUUGGCUGAGCAAUUGUUUCGGUUACUUUUUAAACGAUCGCAACAUGUGGUUAUUCUGAAAGACUUUGAUAUAUUUCAUCUGGACAUUCUUCAAGCUAUACCGAUCAUGGGAGAUGGUAAAUGUUCUAAAUUUUUUUUAGCAGUUUUGUGUUGA